GCCACUAUAUUUAAAUUCAGUCCUAUUAAUUUAUACGUACAAAGUGCAAUAAUUAUAUAUAGAUUUGUUUCAAAAAAAUUAUGUAUAGAUUUGUUUCAAAAAAAAAAGUUAUGUAUAGAUUUAACGAGGUCCAUUUGGAUAUGGGAGAAGCUACGCAGGUAGCUGCAUGCAUAAUAUAUGUAUGUGUGUGCGUGCCUCUGUGAUCUCGACAAACCCUUGUUCCAAGCACCUGUCCGAAUAUCUCGGACCUAUAGUUAAUUAAAAUUUUAAACCCGGAGAGGAAGCUUAUGUUACAUGGCCGCCCCACGGCGGCGCUCGGGAAUUAGAUGGCCCAAGUGUGGUGGAGCCUGCAACAAUUCCGCCACAUUCUGAAAACAUGCAUAGCCCAGAGGGACCUUUUGAUCGGCAAGUCCCUCCACACAGUAUACCUCAAAUCCCACCUUAUCCCGCCCUCUACCUACAUCUCCAACCACUUCAUCCUCCUCUACUCCAAAUGCGGCCGCCUCUCCUCCGCCCGCAGGGCAUUCGACUCCACCCCUUCGCCCAAUGUCUUCUCUUACAACGCCAUCAUCGCUGCCUACGCCAAAGAAGCCCAGCCACACGUCGCCCACCAACUGUUUGAUCAAAUUCCCCAACCGGACCUUGUCUCCUACAACACCCUGAUUUCUGCCUAUGCAGACCGUGGAGACACCGUGCCUGCUCUUGAACUGUUUCUUGGUAUGAGGAGGAGGGGCCUGGAUAUUGACUCAUUUACGUUGUCAGGGGUGAUCACGGCUUCUUGUGAUGAUAAAAAGUUGAUUGCCCAGUUUCAUACUCUGGCUGUUUCCGGCGGGUUUGAUGCGUUUGUUUCUGUGAAUAACACGCUUCUUACUUGUUAUAGUAAAAACGGGCAUUUGGAUGAGGCCGAGAGAGUUUUUGAAGCAAUGGGUGAGAUCAAAGACGAGGUGUCCUGGAACUCCAUGAUCGUUGCUUAUGGACAACACAGGGUGGGAUCAAAAGCGCUGUCUUUGUAUCAAGAAAUGGUGCGGUUGGAGUUAAAGGAAGACAUGUUUACAUUAGCCAGUGUCUUAACUGCGUUUACUAACAUGGAGGACUUUCGUGGUGGCCUUCAGUUUCAUGCUCGCCUGAUCAAGGUUGGUUUUCACCUGAAUCCCCACGUUGGUAGUAGCUUGGUUGAUCUGUACUCGAAAUGCAGCAGUUGUGGCAUGCCGGAUUGCAAGAAAGUGUUUCAAGAAAUUCCAAAUCCUGACUUAGUCCUCUGGAACACCAUGAUGUCUGGUUGUUCCUUGUUUGACGACUUCUCUGAAGAGGCCAUUGCUUACUUUAGGCAAAUGCAGAGGGUGGAUUCACUCUCUGGCCAUCAAAUCAUACAUCCCAGCAAACCGAAGAAUCAUGGCUAUGCUCAACACGGGCGUGCCAUGGAAUCCCUUAUGCUCUUCCAAACGAUGCUCGAGGAGAACAGUAACGCGGGCCCCACAAGCAUAACGUUUGUCUCGGUCCUGUCUGCGUGUGCACACACUGGCAAAGUAGAGGAAGGCAAGAAGUAUUUCAGUAUGAUGACCAAGGAAUUCGGGAUCAAACCAGAGGCAGCACACUACUCAUGCAUGAUUGACCUCUUAGGAAGAACCGGAAAACUAGAAGAGGCCGAGAGGCUGAUUGAGAGCAUGCCAUACAGCCCAGGCACAAUCGGCUGGGGAACACUGCUUAGAGCUUGUAGAACACAUGGUAACACAGAGCUAGCACUAAAAGCAGCCAAAGAGUGCCUUGAGUUGGACCCCACAAACUCAGCUCCGUACGUCAUGCUUGCAAACACACUCGGCCACUCUGGAAGAUGGGAGGAAGUAGCAGCCAUUAGGAAAGAAAUGCGCGACAAGGGGGUUAAGAAGAAACCGGGUUGUAGUUGGAUAGAGGUGGACAAAAGGAUACACGUAUUCGUAGCAGAAGAUCAUUCGCAUCCAAUGAUAAAGGAGAUAUAUCUGUUCUGGGAAGAAAUGUCAGAGAAGAUGAAGAAAGCAGGGUACGUGGUGGACGUGAGGUGGGCCCUCCUUAGGGAUGACGGGAUUCGCGACGAAGUGAAGGAGAGACACCUAAGGCAUCACAGUGAGAAGUUGGCGGUCGCUUUUGGGCUAUUAUCAACCAAAGAAGGGAUGCCUAUACUUGUCCUUAAGAACUUGAGGAUAUGCGGCGACUGCCACAACGCAAUCAAAUUCAUUUCUGUCAUAACGGAUCGAGAGAUCACCGUGAGAGACUGCCACAGGUUUCACUGUUUUAAGGAUGGCCUUUGUUCUUGUGGGGAUUUUUGGUGAUACAUUCUACUAUUGACUUUUAUCAGUACUGUCAAGUCUACCAACAUGUUUUAGCAUAGGACAUGUAAUGCUAUCUAGAAAAGGAUAUUC